GUGGUUGAUCGUGAUGGAAGCGGUACUGUAACAAUGGAUGAAGCUAAACGUAUCGCAUUUGAUCAUUAUGGCUUUGAUGAAAAAAUUCUUGCACCAUUUUUUGCACAGGCAGAUGAAAAUGAAGAUGGCCAGCUGGAUCCGAUUGAAUUUGCCGGAUUUCGAACACUCAUACGUAGUAAAGCUGUAAAAAAUGCCUUAGAUAUUAUGCAGGAAAUUGACAGUGAUGGUGAUGGCUAUAUUAAUAAUUCUGAAGCUGUUGCAAUGGCCCGACGACAAGAUGACAUGGAUCCUAAGGAAACGUUUAAUUUGUUUGCUAUUGCUGAUCAGGAUAAGAGUGGAAAAUUAGACAAAGUGGAAUUAGCGGAUUUUUUACGUCUCGUACGAUUAAGUGCAAUUAAAUUUGCUACAGAUCAUUUUAAAGAAUUUGAUAUGAAUAAAGAUAAAACGAUAACAAUUGAUGAGUUAGAAGAAUUGAUCGAAUUGAAAUAUAAAGUUGAGCGAUCAAUGACACGACAAUUUUUCAAGAAAGUUGAUGUUGACAAUUCGGGUGAUUUAGCGCCUGGAGAACUUGUUGAUUUCAGGCAUGAAAUUCGACGAUUUGUUACGGAACGUAAUUCGCACCGACCGUACGAUUCAAACAAAUCUAAUGAUCAAGAUAAAACACACGGUGGAAGUACUGAAGAAGAAGUUAUUGAAAGAUAA